GGGGCAGGGGCGGAGGCGGGGUGGAGCCGCCGAGGGCCGGGCCCCCUCCGUGGGCGCGGGGCUCAGUCCCCAGCUCCCGCCCGUGCGCACACACGCGCUUCCUCGCCUGCGCUCCUGGGCGUCCGGAGGCGAAGGUCCCGCAGCGUUCACGGGAAUCCGGGUCCCCGCGAGUCCGGGAUCCGCUCCUCCAGCCGCGCCCGGGGCGCACGAGCCUGCCAGCCUCGGGGAGAGCGCGCGGGGCGCCGCGGGGGUCCUGCGGGAAGAUGCGGAAGCCCGACAGCAAGAUCGUGCUGCUGGGGGACAUGAACGUGGGGAAGACGUCGCUGCUGCAGCGGUACAUGGAGCGGCGCUUCCCGGACACGGUCAGCACGGUGGGCGGCGCCUUCUACCUGAAGCAGUGGCGCUCCUACAACAUCUCCAUUUGGGACACGGCAGGGCGGGAGCAGUUCCACGGCCUGGGCUCCAUGUACUGCCGGGGAGCGGCUGCCAUCAUCCUCACCUAUGAUGUGAAUCACCCGCAGAGCCUGGUGGAGCUGGAGGAACGCUUCCUGGGCCUGACGGAGACAGCCAGCAAAGACUGCCUCUUCGCCAUCGUGGGGAACAAAGUGGACCUAACUGAGGAGGGGCCCUUGGAGGGCCAGGAGAAGGGAGAGUGCAGUCCCAAUUUGGACAGCGGGGGCUGUCUCCCCCCCAGGGUGCCUAAGCAGGUGCAUCUGGAGGACGCGGUGGCCCUUUAUAAAAAGAUCCUGAGGUACAAGAUGCUGGAUGAGCAGGACAUGCCGGCCGCUGAGCAGAUGUGCUUUGAGACCAGUGCCAAGACGGGCUACAAUGUGGACCUCCUGUUUGAGACCCUGUUUGACCUGGUGGUGCCAAUGAUCUUACGGCAGAGAGCUGAGAGGCCGUCACACACGGUGGACAUAUCCAGCCAUAAGCCACCCAAGAGGACCAGAUCUGGGUGUUGUGCCUGACUUUUGAGGGCCCGCCAGACUCAGACUGUGCGUGUGGAAAGGGGUCUGAGCAGGCAAGCUGUGGUCUGAAAGGGGCGAGGAACACUGGGGAAUUAUUUUACAGAACAACACACUUAGUAGAAUGGAGUGGAAAUGGCAGCUCGGCCUGAAGAGGAGGUUGACGUGUGUAGUCUCCUCAGUCUCUGUCAGAGGGCUGGGGAGGUGGGGAACGGGAAUCCUCUGCAAAGCCCCAUCUGCAGAGCCAAGACCCCUGGCGUACUCUGCCCUGCUGCCCGGCACUGGUCCUUCUCAGCCAGCCUCCCACAGCCCCUCACCCUCGCACAGGCAGAAGAGAAGCCCACGUCUGCACCUGCGCCUCUGACCCUUUCAGCACCGUGGGCUGUUCCCACAUCCUACAGCUUAAUGUGUCUUGUUCUCGCGCGUGUCUCUUCACUGUGAGUUGUCUUCGGUACUUGUAUGUUGAUGCUUUAUUAUCCUCGCUCUCAACGUGUUAAUUUAUACGAAUCAGGAAUAACAGUUUUUAUACUGAUUGCAGCAAUGUGGGUACAUGUAUUAUUAAAGAGGAUUUUAAGAAAA